AUGGCCGCAACAGCCGAAAAUGACUCGGGAGAAUCCGCCUCUGGAAGCACUCAGAAAUCACUCAAACGAGCAUGCGACUGCUGCAGGAAACGUAAGGUCCGCUGCGAUGGAGAGAGUCCGUGUGGCCCUUGUCGAAAGGCUACUAUUCGCUGCGCCUACCUCCAAGCGCCCAAGAAGAAGGGCCCGAAGGGUCUCAGGAGUGCGAGAGUGCUACAUGCAUUAAGGAAGAUUGACCAAUCUGCUUCCCUCACGCCUGACGGCCCCCUGAGCCCAGGAGCACUCCACGACGGUUUGAAUCAAUGGUAUGGUAGCUCGUCUUCAUCACCAAUACCAUUGUCAAAUCACAGCACUAUCGACGGCGCAAUGCCAACUAGCACACCUGCAGAGCCACUCACUACAGGCUAUGGUUACUAUGGACCUCCGGAACCACAGAGCUAUGCAAUGAUACCACAGAUGGAUCGACGUGUACUACCCCUCGACCAGAGUAUGAGCCAGCUCUGGCCAUCACAGCCAUCUCAACCGCAACAAAGCUACUACGCGCCGCCUCUGAGACCACAGCCUACAGUACCGCGCAUACCGAACCAGCGCUUUCUACCAUAUGUGCAGCUGUUCUUCGAGCAUCUCUACUUCAUCAUGCCUGUCGUUGAUGAACAGAUCUAUCUGGACCCAUACAUGUACAACUCUACGAACUACAUGCCGCCAGAGACUUACGCCUUCCUCUGCGCCUUGUGUGCUGCUACUGUUGUACAGCUGGACGCGGCGAUAGCAGUGCCCGAGAUGGAGCCUUUGCCUGGUCGACCUACAUCGGCGGCUGAUAUGUUUAUCGAAGAAUGCCUCAAGGUCAGACAAGAAAUCGACUACAUUGGCAAUUCGACCACGGUCACAGUCAUGACUAGCUUCUUCAUAUUUGCAUACUACGGCAACAAGGAGAGCAGUGACAAGGCAUGGCACUUCCUUCAAGAGGCCAUAUCGUUCGCCGAGAAUUUGGAGAUGGACGACGAGAACUCGAUGCUCAAGCUCGACCCCCUUGAAGCGCAAUGGAGGAGACGGUUGUACUGGUUGCUCUUCAUAACAGAGAGAGCAUACUCCAUACAACGCCGCAAAAACUGCCGACUACAUCCCACCAUCGAGCUACCACUAGCCUUCGAAUCAGAAGAUCCUCGCCUCCUCAACGGCUUCGUAAACCUAGCCCACCUCUUUUCCGCCAUCGACGACAAUUUCGUCAGCAUCUGGAAAGGCAGCGCCCGCCGAAAAGCUUUGUGUUCAGAACCCUGGCUAGCAGAGACACAACGCUCUCUCGACACAGUCGCGCUCUCUCUUGCCGAGAUCACGGAGACCACUAGGAUAGAUAUCAGUGUGUCGAGGGAGUGGCUACACAUUCUGGCUUGGCAGAUGGGCGUCAGCAACGGCUUGGUAUGCGACAAAGGACAAACAGGCACCGGACGCCUCGACUACCCAAUCGAAGUCGCCCGCCGCACCGUCGACAUUGCCGAGCGAGCGAAUCCUCUUGCUUUGGACUCCCACGGCAUUGGCAUGGAGCAAAAACUUUCAGACAUUGCUGGCUGUCUUGCCGAUGUCCUGCACGUGUCUUCUGGCGACACCUCUGACACGUUUUUGCACGGCAGACAGUACUUGCAUCUGAUGCUGAACAAGUUAUCUAUGAUGAGGGGUAAAGAGUCGAGAUAUCUUCGACCCCUCGUUGCCAAGGCGGGAGGGAUACUGGACUCGCAGGUACCCAGAGGUAUGCCUGCGUUACCGGCUCCGGCAGGCUUCGAAGGUAAAGUCGAGGAGAUGGAGGGUAAUGGGAGAGUCGAUCGGCGGUUGCAGUGGGCUGCGUAG